CAGCCCCAACCUCCUCCUGCAGGGACCCCCGCAAUCCCUCACCACGAAGCUCCAGCCCCCAGAGAGACUGUCCCAACUGAAUGAGGACCCCGCCCUGGUCUCCCUCCGCCCCCACGUCAUCCAGCCUCACAUGGCCGACUCCAUCCCGCACUUCCUGGGCUUGGCCGUCCUGUCCAUAAGCUGCCCGCUGGGCAUGGCUGGCAAUGGCCUGGUCCUCUGGGUGGGCUUCCACCUGCCCAGCCUGGUCACCCGCAUCUUGUUCCUCAACCUGGCUGCGCUCGACUUCAUCUGCACCACCUUCCUGCCACUCAGUGUGGCCGUCCUGGCCCUGGGCCCCCGCUGGCCUUCAGGCCGCCAGCUCCACGUGUUCCUCGGCAUCUUCACCGACUUCAACCUCUACACCAGGACCUUCCUGCUCACCCUCAUCUCUGUCUACCGCUUGGUGUCCGUGCUCUGGCCCGUCUGGACCUGGAACCACCGUACCCCACAGCGGGCGGCCCUGGUGGUUGGCGGGGCCUGGCUUCUGGCCUUGGGGUUCACCCUCCCUGGCCUGGUGAACAGAGCCAUGAGCCCCCCUUCAGCAAACCAAUCCGACCCAGGGCACGAGAGCAGGCCGAGCACCCAGGAAUGGCUGGAUCUCAUUGGGCAGCAGACCCCUGCCCUAGUGAUUAGCCGUUUCGUGGUCAGCUACGUGGUGCCCCUGGCCGUCAUCGGGGCCUGCUUCCGCCUCGUCAUUGUCCGGCUUAAACACAAGCAGCGGCUGCUAUCCAACUUGUCCCUCCACGUCCUCAUGCUCAUCAUGGCCAUGUUCUUCCUCUGCUGGUUCCCCCUCCACCUGAUCUGGCUGCUCCAGCUCAGACCCUUCCCGGAAGGGCGGUCCCCACUGCCGGCCCCGCUGGCGGCCUUGGCCAUCUGCCUGAUCUACCUUAACAGCUGCUUCAACCCGCUACUCUACACGUGGCUGAGCCAGGAGUUCCGGGAGAGGUUACUACAGUGGCUGCCUGGCCCCUUGGGCCGGGCUUUUGGGGGGGCACCGGCUCAGUAGAGCUCACAGCUGGGAUGGCGGAACCCAUUGGAAAGAUUCAGGGAAACGCCUCCACAUCUGCCCCUUUUUAUGGCAUUUCUUAAGCACUUAUUAUGU